GCAUUUUUGUAGUGGGUAGAUCUUUGUGACUUGGUCAUUCUAUUCCAUUAUUGGUCGUUCUAAAAUAAAAAAAAUAAAAUUCAACCCCAAACUCCCACCCCUGGGCACCCUUGGACUAGAUGGAGCGGCAAACUGUCAAACUUGGCCCGGUCAGAUCCAUAAGAUUCUAGCCAUUGAGACAAAUGAUUCAGUUUUCACAAUUUUGAAGCCUCAUUUUGAGGCAUUUUUAGUUUUUUGUAAUUGUUCAAAUUUAGCAAGGUUGUUGAUUUUCUGUCAAGUCUGCCAAACUUGCAAGACAUUUUUCACUUGACAUGGAUACUAAGGAAAGGUUAGGAGAUUGAUUUUCCAAAGGCUCUUUUCCCCAGUGAGCUUGGGAACACCUUGGGACCCCUCCAUAGAGCUGGAUGAAACAGCUGGGAAGAUUUAAGUUGGGGAUUCCCUCCUGUCUUUGCAACCUGAUGCAAUAUAGGAAAAUGAAAAUAAAGGGGAAAGAUAGCCAUCUCCUUGCAUACUUGCAUGUGGGUUUCCUACUUCUACUGUAUGUGUGGUGUGCAACGCAGAUCUGUAGGAGAGUGUGAGUUGAAUUUACCCCUGAGGGAUGAAAAGGAAUAAUUACAUGUAUAUUAACUUACCACUUGCCAAACACGAAUAUAAGAACAUUGCUCCACCUUCCAUCUUCUACUUCACACCUUUUGGAACAUCAGUCAGUCCCACGUUGAAGCAAAGAGAAGACCGUGCUCUGCGGAAACCAUGCAGAUUUUUUUUGUUAACACAACCGUACGUAAAGAGGACCUGCCAGCGGAUUUGCUGUCAGAAACGACUGAGGAACUGGCUAAAGCUGUGGGCAAGCCUGCACAGUUAAUUGCGGUGCAUAUCCACGCAGAUCAAAUUAUGAUGAUUGGAGGAAAUGUCGACCCAUGUGCACUCUGCUCCUACCACAGCAUUGACAAGAUCAGCUGUGUUAAAAUCAAGGAGUACUCCAAAAUACUGUGUGGGCUGCUCAACAAACACCUAGGCAUAUCUCCUGAAAGAAUUUGCAUUAAUUUUGUAGAGAUGGAUGCUUGCCAUGUUGCCUGGAACAACACUACUUUGGCUGAGAUGUAGGGUGACAUCCUCAAGCAAAAGAUAAUGACAGCUGUAUUGAAGAAUUGUAGUUAAAAAUGACCAAGAACCAAAAACACGAUAAGCAUUUAUUUCACGCAGCUUUAUACUGG